AGAUGGCGAACGGACGCAGCGGCGACCCCAGGACGCCGAUGGCGUGGCAGCACCGCGACCUCAACUACCACCAGUCCGGCUACCAGGACCGAUANGGUACAGGGCGGGGAUAUAGACCAGGAGUCGACAGUGGGCGCAUGGGGCCGCCGUCUAACAGCGACCGCCUGAGUCACCGCACCGACAAGAGCUGGGUCACACAGAGGGAUUCCUCCCAGGGGAUGCUGCCCGCAUACGGCCCCCAACCUCCUCCCUCGCACUAUCCCCCCAGAGAUUACAGUGCCUCCAGAGGGGAUUAUCCUCCUAGGGAUUAUCCUCACUCACGCGACAUGUCCCCCACUGACCACUUCUCUCCCCCACCACACCACCCGUCCGCUCGACAGCCACACGACUCGCGACACUCAGGCACAGCUACAUCCACGAUUUCCUCUUCAUCCAGUGAGGAUGAAAGCGACCAGCCGCCCCCUCCCCAAGGUCAUCCCGCUGCUCAUCCUGCUUACGGAUACUCCACAGGAUAUUAUCCUGGAUAUCCUCCAUCUCGGGCAGGAUAUGCCCCGUCUGUAGUGCCCCCUUACCAGCAAGGGACCCUGAAGUCUGCCAAAUCAGUGCCCGCUCUUGUCGCGGCGACGUACGACGGUGAACCGUGUCCUGUCCACCACGGCAUCAUGCCUCCUGGUCCCCCUAUGUCCAUGCCCCCCAUGAUACACCCAGGAUACGCUACACUUGGGCACCCACGUCGAGCUGCGUCAAUCUACGACAUGCGUAUGAUGUCCCCUCCCCCUACAAUCUACGGCACACUCCCCAUGCCUCCUCCCCCGAUCAUGCACGACGCUCGUAGUCUCGUGGGGUCCACCAUCAUGGGACCUGCAGCGCCAGGGGCGCCCCUAGGAAUCCCAGCACAACUGCUGCCCCCCAUGGCCCGUCCCAGACCUGUAGUGAUCGGCGAGGGCGGCACCCCAGAGGUUCUCCCAGUUCGGGGGGGCAACGACAAAGGCGCGACGCUCCCGAAGGCGUUGCUGGCCAGCAAAGCCGCUGCUGCAGCAGGCGUGGGCUCCGACGAUGGGAAAGUGGUGAAGCCCUUCUGCUGCAGGGGCGGCAUGUGCGUGACGUGGAUUAUCCUCGGCGUCGUCGUUAUCGGCAUUUUGCUAACUCUCAUGCUGCUCUUUAUUUUGUAAUUGGUAACCGGGAUUUACUCAGGAUAAAUCCAACCAUAAUGGUUAACUGUUUUCCAAUGCAUUAAUUAAAGUAACUUGGAUUUGUUCAAACGGCUGAGCCUUUGUGGUAAAAAUGUACUCGAAUUGAUGUAUAUUUAAGAUACUUUAUUCCGAGUUAAGAGCAAGUUAAAAUUAGAACACAUCUUCCUAGAAUCUCUACUAAAAUUAUUCAUGUGAAUGUAAACAAUAACUAUCAGGUUUACGUAGGAAGGUUCCGCCUGUCAACGCUGCAUACGCAGUGAGAUCGAAUUUAAUUAAUGUAACGCGUCCAAUGUUUUAAUUUAAGGUACCGCGUCUGAGAGCCCAACAUGUAACGCUCAUUUGAUUAUUUUAAGAAUUAUUCUAAAGAAUUUUAAUUUAUAUUGAUAAGUUCGUGCAAUAUGGUCAGUGGAACUUAUCCUCAAUAAUUUUUUUUUUAAAUUAUGCGGCCGUAUAGUUCAUGACAAAGCUUGGUGUUGGUCAUUAUUAGAUAUCAGGUCAAAUUUAAUGCGCUAUGCACAUUACAUAAUGCGUCUUUAUAGUACACAAAGAGAAAUAUGUGAGAAUUUGUCCAAAAAAGUGAUGCUCUUUUUAUUUUGGCCCGUGUGUGGGUGUGUCAUCCUGACCCAUAAUAGCCUACAAAAAGUCGUAUCAGCGGUACGUCCUUGUCGCUAUAUGGACAAAAUGAACCAUUGAUUUUUCAGAGUGCGAUAUUAAGGUAUUUGAAUGUACUGCUCAGGCUGACCGUAGAGGUUGUGGUGGAUCUUGGAUAGUUCAGCGGCUUGAGUUUCCUAGCGCUAGAAAAAGUAAAAUCAAUACGGAUUGUCCAGCAAAAUAUUGAAUAUACUAUAUACUAAAUAUCCUAGCACUAGAAGACGUAAAAAAUAAUCCUGCCAAAUAUAAUCCUGCGAGCCACAACUUAAUUAGCCCUAUGAAGCGGUUAUUGCUCAGGCAUUUGUUUAUAUAUAUCUUUUAAUAUUAGGACUUAUGUGUUACUAUUAAAUGGCCUCUUGCAAUAGAGAAAGCAAAAAUCUUUGAUGAAUUUACACACAUAACUCAAAUUAGGAUAAUAUCUCUACUUUGACUAUUGUACUAUGUCAGUUGUAUGUGUCGCCAGAUUUUUUGUUAAAACUUUAUAUUUAAAGCCUUGAGAGCCGUCAAUAUAAAAAGCAGGUUUGUCUUAGCGGUAAAUGAGACGUUACAUGUUCCACCUCAUAUUCUGUGGCAUGUUCAUGAGGUGUUCUCCAUGUUCUCGAAUACACGAGACUGAUGUUCUAAAUGUUCUCAAAUAAAGGGAACUGUUCGUU